AUGAGAGUUACAGACAGUCUGCAGGAGAGCACCAAAGAGGUGAGUACAGAGACGAGAGCUACAGUACAUCCAGGACAGUCUGCAGGGGACAACCAAACACAGAGACCAGAGUUACAGUAUGCCCAGGGCAGUCUACAGGAGAGAACCAAACAGGACAGUGUGCAGGAGAGAACAAAACAGGUGAGUACAGAGACGAGAGCUACAGUACAUCCAGGACAGUCUGCAGGGGACAACCAAACACAGAGACCAGAGAUACAGUACGCCCAGGGCAGCCUACAGGAGAGAACCAAACAGCUCUCUGAUGUUGACGAUCGCCUUCAGACCUCACAGAGUGAGCUUCACGAAACCACGCUCCAGCUACAGCAAUCCCAGCAGCAAAUUAGUCGCCUGGAUCAGGACCUGAGGGAGAAAUCCAGUCUGUUGGCUGAAAUUCAACAGAAACUAGACAAGGAGAAAGGCGUUCAGAAAUCUCAAAGGGAAGAAUUGGCAGAAGUCACACAAGAACUGCGCCUCACUCGUGAGCAGUUACAACAACAACACAGUGAACUGGAGCGUGUGAGACAGGAUUUGACGAACACUCGGCGAGAUCGUGACAAUCUCUCCAGAGAGGCAGAGAAAGCCGUUAGCACUGCAAAGACAAGACAUGCAGAGACAGAAUCCCUUCUUUGUGAAAUUGACGUACUUAAGGAACGUGAAAAGUUGGCUGAAUCCCGUUUUUCCUCGGAAGUGACUCAUCACCAGCACGAGAUAGAUCGCCUUACCAGAGUGCAUCAGGAUGAGAUUUCCCAGAUGCAGGAUGCCUAUGCUAAACUCCUGUCCACAAAUGAAGAGCUCUCCUCACAGAUUCGUCUACUGCAGAAAGACAUUGACGAAAGAAAACGACAGGCUGAAGCACUGGUGGAUGAGGUCAGGGCACAAGUUAGGGAGCUGGAGCAGGAAAUCAAAUCCAAAGAAGUGCUGCUAGACUCGGUCCAGGAAACCGUUGUCCUAAAGGAUGCCGAGAUUGCGCGUCUUGAGGCUCGGAUCUGUCGGUUUGAGCGAGAUGAAGGGAUGCGAGUAACAGAGAAUUGGAUGUCGAGCCGAGAACCUCUGACUGAAUCCUCUGUUUACACAGAAAGCAACACGCAGUCAAGGAGCUCUGAGGAAAAGUUGUAUUCUAAUCACAGCUACCCCGGUAGAGUUGGGGUAAAGUGGCAGAAUCGGAACGGAGGUAACAACGGGCUGCAGGAUGUGCCAGACAGGGAUGGCAAUUGCCACAUAGCCGAUGUUAGAGGAAAACGGACAGAGCAUCACCAAGUCCAAAUGGCAAUGAAUGUGUCAGGUUACAGGCAAGGAAAUAAUUCCAGAACAGAGUUUUCGCAAGCAGGUCAAUUGUUGGAGACGUCCGACACAGAUAGUGACCGUGGUAUGCGAAGGUGUUUUGUUGAACGUUCACCGAAUAGUCCAUCCCAGAAACCCCUACCAGCAUCCAAUAGCCAAUCGUCUUCAUCGAACUUCAGCAAUCAUUCAGGUUUACAGGGUUAUAAGGGGUUAGUGAGAACAUUAACAUAUGAUGAAUACUCCAGUGAAAAUUCAAAUAAUUCAAACAAUUCUUCUGCAGUAAUCAUCCCCACAAGGGACAGCAAUCAGAAUAUCUCCAAAUCUACCUCUCAAAGUCUUCCAAGGACUGAACUGCAAAAUAUUCCAAGAAAAAGUGCUUUGAAAGUAAACCAAGGAAGCAGUAACAGUGAACCGAUGCAAUGUGAAAAAGCCAGUCAAAAUACAAGCCUUAGGCACAAAGGGCGCCAAAUCCAGAAAGGUGGAAACCCGCUUACUCAUCAGACAAGGAAAUCAAAGUCAGUGACUCAAGCAAAGGAACCUUCUGAUGGUAACAUUGGUAGGACAUUUCCUAAUCAAACCGCUAGGAGGAAAUCUGCAAAUCUGGAAGUGCAUGACUUCGAAAAUGAAGUUACAGCUGUCCAGCAGUUUAGAAGUCCCCAUGGUAGACAGUCCUGUGAUGUCUCUGACUUGUUUCCUUCAGCGGACCUGACUGCUGAGGGAGAAGAUGCAGUGCUAAGUGUUGAAGAUCUGCAGGAAAAGUUGCGGGCCAAUGAGUUGAAGCAGCAAGAGAUUGACCGAGAGCUGUUGUCUUUAGAGACAGAAUUUGAGGUGUCCCAGGAUGACGCUGAUAUUUCACAGUGAUCUAUAUCUUGUUUGGAAUCCUAAACAUAGUUUGUUUAAUGUUUCGUCACAAUUUGAAAGAUAUUAUUUUUCUGUACCCAGGAAAUUAUAAGCUUGAAAAGCAUCAAUUUGGUCAACAUCAAAAGUUUAAAGGAAAAGAAGCAAAACUUAUUUGCAAUUUGAGUUUUUUGGUUACAGAAUAACUAGUGAAAAAAAUUGCAAAAAAGAUAUUUAAUAUACAUUUGACUGAUACAGAAUCAACUAUGCAUUGUUGAAACCACAUUUAUCAGUAUUCUAAAAGUGUUUCGCGGGAGAAAAAUCCUAGGAUGUGAAAGACAUGUCUGUGAUAAUUUUAAGAACUUUGGAUUUAUCCUGUUAUCAGAUGGUAAGCUAUCUUAAAAUCUUUAGUAUUUAUAUUUACAUGUAGUAAUGUUGCUGUUUUAUGUAUAUGUUCAAGACUUUCAAAGAAUUUCAAAGCAGACGUCAGUACGUCUGAAUGCACUUGAGAUUUUCAAGUCAUUCAGCUAAUUGUAAAUAGAGCACAUGUGCAUGUUUAUGUGAAAGUCCUUUGUUAAGAUAACAUCUUCAUACAUCUAUGGUGCUAUACAUAUUCAGGUAUCACAUUGAGAAACCUCGUUUAUCUCAAUCCUGGUAUCAUAGUGGAUAGUCUACUUUAUUGAUUGUCCCACGGAGGCUCGGAUGUAAAGUGAGAAACUUUUUCGUUGAUUGUAGCUGCUGUGUACUGAGAUGAAUGAAACCAUUUUCACCAGUGUUCUGAUAUUAUUGGGAACAUUUCAUGUUCAUGUUGAAUUGUCAUAUUGGGAACCAUUGUUGAGGCAGUUCAGAUAGAUGCAUUGU